AUUAGGAAAGACCUAACUCUCUCAAAAUAGCAAGCGAACUAUAUAUAUAGAGAGAGAGAGAUCAGUAACAGUUCUUGAAAAUGGAGGUAAUAGAAGGACAAGGUUCAACACCACCACCAUCAACUUACACACUUUCACCAAAUCGAUUAGCAAGUGAAGACAUACUAUUCUGUGUAGAUGUUGACAAUGAAUCACUUGUUGAAAUGAAAGUGUCAGGUGCAGGUGGCAGACCAUAUACAAGAUUGGAUUCAAUUAAACAAGCCAUCCUUCUCUUUGUCAACGCUAAGCUUACUAUUAAUCUAGAUCACCGUUUCGCUUUUGCUGGUCUUGGUAAAUCAGCUUUUUGGGUUCGGAAAGAGUUUACUAGUGAGAUUGACUCGAUAAUUUCUGCAUGUCGGGGUAUCUCUGCUGUAGAUGCACCUUCUGGCCAUGCAGACCUUACUCAACUAUUUCGGGUGGCAGCUCAUGAAGCGAAAAAGUCACGUGCACAAAAUCGGAUACUCCGGGUGAUACUUCUAUAUUGUAGGUCAUCUAUACCACCACAGCAUCAAUGGCCUGCGACCCAAAAGCUCUUCACCUUGGAUGUAGUUUACCUUCAUGACAAGCCUGGACCUGACAAUUGCCCUCAAAAGGUGUAUGAUGGCCUCGUUGAGGCCCUGGAACAUGUCAGUGAAUACGAGGGUUACAUAUUUGAGAGUGGUCAGGGGCUUACUCGUGUCCUAUUCCGUCAUAUGUGUACGCUUCUUUCCCAUCCUCAGCAACGUUGUGUGCAAGAUGACCUUGACAUUCCCAAGUCUCUUACAAAGAAGACAGCUGUCUCUGACUCGGCACCAGCUGAUGAAAAUGCUGUCGUUGUCUCUAGCCAAUGAUAUCAUAAACAUUUGACAAAUCAAACCAACUCUCCCUAGUUGUACUUUUCUCAUCCUUCUUGUUUUGGUGUUCUAUGGAGAACUAAUGUGGGUGGGUAAUCUAGCAAGUAUGUAACAUUGUAACCCCUCCUUUCUUUCACCUCAACUUCUUCCUGUACAGUGAUAUUUUUGUUGCUUAGUCUAAGCCAAUCUAAGAAUAUAAACAUAUCAGUGUUGAUGAGCUCUAUCUUCCUUUGGUCAUGCAAGAUUAUCUGAUUUAGUGCUGUC